CUUAAGUAUCUAUCCUAGAUAUUUAGACAUUAUUUUGUAAAUCAAUAUUAGUUUUGAAUUGUUUACAUUUUCUGUCUCACCCACUGAAGGUUUCUUCUGAUCAGGGAGAAAACAACAAAUCAGACAGAAUGUUUUAUGCUGCGAUCUUUGCUCUUCUUGCAACCUCCACUCUAGCUGCCUCUCAGCUUCACUACUCCUUCUCCCCAGCGGUGGGAUCAGGAAGCGGCGCUUCGUACAGCAUCACAGGAGAGGGCAGGAUCACUGCCAUCCGAGUGUGGGAGCACACUGGCAACCUCGUCUACGGCAUCCAGUUCCGCUAUGGCUUCAUCUGGUCCCCGGCCAUUGGUCACAGAUAUGGCUCACCCAUGGAGAUGGAGCUCUACGAUGGUGAAGCCAUCAUCCAAGUGUCUGGGAAGUAUAACCAUUACGUGCAGUCGGUGGUGUUUACAACAAACAGGGGCCGCACACUGCACGCAGGCCACCCCUCAGGCUUCUCCUUCAACAUGUAUCCCACCAGCCCCGAGGCUGAGCUGUGCUUCAUCAGCGGCCGGGUCCACGGAGCCCUCACCUCCAUCGCAACACACUGGGCCGUCGUCCAAUCACCUAUCCAAUCAUCUAACAGCACCGAGGCCUGAGUCCAGUUGUGCGCUUUGUUUAUUUCUCGUAUGACACAAAAUUGAACCUUCUCCUGCUCAGCUUAAAUGCAUUUUGCUGAAAAUAUCUUGUCUGUCAAAGUGUCUGUCUUUGUUUGAUUUUCAUGCACAGUAUGUAUGAGUGAAGGAUUACAGAAGAGAAGGCUUUCAGAAACACGUGUACUGUGUAGUUGUUUAAUGAUGAUAAUUUGUUUUGAUCUGAAUUGGCUUCAUUUUUUCAUUUUACCUUCAUAUCUGUAACCACGGUGAUCCCGUCCUUGUUUGAAAAAUGUACGAGGUCAGGUGUUAAAAAAAUAAAAAUGAAUGGCUUGCAAAUCAAAAAUUUUACAGCUUUUUUCCUGUACUUUUUGCAGAUUUUCCCCAGUAUUUUUUGUAA